UCGUUCAGGAUUCGGACAUCUUUAAGUGAGGAAGUGAGUGAGGUGCUGCAGACUUACACCUUCAGCCCUCAUCCUGCAGACAGACACAUACUCUCUCAGUCAGACAGACAGGCGGACAGGCAGACAUGACUGAUGCAGUUAAGAACGUGGCGAUCUUUGGCUCUACUGGAAUGACCGGAGCGGUGACCUUACCGAUCGCAGCUGCUGCAGGUUAUAACGUCACAGUGUUGGUGAGGGAUCCAUCCAGGCUGCCUGCUGACCACAAAGCCUCCAGAGUGGUGGUGGGAGACGUGCUGAAUAAAGAGGACGUGAAGAAGACACUGGAGGGUCAGGAUGCGGUCAUGAUCAUCCUGGGCACCAGGAACGAUCUCAGUCCCACCACCAUGAUGUCCGAGGGAACCCGUAACAUUCUGGAGGCCAUGAAGGCCCGCGGUAUCCGCAAGGUCAUCGCCUGCAUGUCUGCCUUCCUACUGUGGGACAGAGCUAAAGUGCCCCCCCGCCUGGUCCCUGUCACUGAAGACCAUGACAGGAUGUACACAGUACUGAAGGAGUCCGGGCUGGACUACGUGGCUGUUAUGCCCCCCCACAUUGCUGACAACCACCCUCUGACGGAGAAGUACACUGUGACUGAGAACAUGCUGAGAGGAAGAGUCAUUUCCAAAUACGAUCUCGGCCAUUUCUUCGUCAAGUGUCUGUCCACAUCAGAGUGGGAUGGAAAGACGGUGGGCGUCUGCGGAGAGUACAGCUAAACUGACCAGACCAAGCUAAAAUGUGCUCUCGUAAUGAGACGCUCACGUUUAUUUACCCCACCUGUAACCUGUCACACAGAUCAGAAUAUCACUAUUAAUAAUCAAAAACAUGCACAGUCAUGCAGUAGGUUUUAUAUUACAAAAGACAUUUUGAUUAAAUAGAAAUGUUUUGCAGUCUCUGGUUACAAAGUGCCUUGUUCUACUAAAUCACAAUACAUUGUCUUUUCCUAUUAAACACGCAUUUCUGAGAA